AACCAAAUCCAUCUCGGUGAUCUUGGUUUCUCUGGAAGUGCUUGCAAGAUGAGGUUUUUGACAGCCAUAGGUGGUGAAUUGCCAGCAGUUUCGAGGUUGAUCAACUAUGGGAUUGGUAAAGCUCUACAAGCGGCAGAAAGAAGUGACAAUAUUGAGGGACAAGAUGAUACUGAUGAAGAUGCCGAGGCUAUCACCAAUGAUGCACUUCGUGCUACAAUUAUGAAAAGCAAGAAGGUCUUAGCUAUGCAGAGGAAUCUACUUCAGCAGAUUGUGGAAAGGAGGAAAGUGAUUUCAACAAUAAAGGAUAGUGUUAUUCCCAAGGAACAGGAUCUAACUUCCGACAGUCAGCAAGGCAAUUCUUCAAAUGCGGAUGUAGGUUUAAUCAGUGAAGAGCUUGAGGACAAAUAUAGCACUGGGACUUACUCCAAUAGGUACAACCAAUCCACAGAAGUUGGUACAAACAUGAAUCCUUCUCCUGCUAGCGUUCAUAGAGAGUCUCUCAACAAUGGGGAAGAUCACUUUAAGAACUUAGAAGAUCAACAUUCCGUUGAACAUGCUGUUGGAUCAUUUCGAGAGGGAAGUUCAGAGUCUCCAGAUUCCGGAUUGCCACCAUUUCUUUCCCAAAUCUCUCGACCCAGUGAUGGGAAAGAUGAGAAUUUUGAUGAUCUGGCAGAAGCAAGUAAAAAGCAAGAGGCAGCAAUUGAGGAAAAGCAUCAUAUUUCACCUCCUUUGGCUUGGGAGAAUGUCAUGAAUGUCAUUUUGGUGGCUGCAGAAUGUGCUCCUUGGUCCAAAACAGGUGGACUUGGAGAUGUUGCUGGAGCAUUACCAAAGGCUUUGGCCAGGAGAGGACAUCGUGUCAUGGUAGUAGCACCAAAGUAUGGAAACUAUGCUGAACCCCAAGAAAUAGGGGAACGUAGAAGGUACAAAGUUGAUGGGCAGGAUAUGGAGGUAACCUAUUUUCAUGCCUACAUCGACGGUGUGGAUUUUGUUUUCCUGGAUAGCCCUAUUUUUCGCCACAUCGAAAAUAACAUAUAUGGUGGAAAUCGACUGGACAUUUUGAGACGGAUGGUUCUGUUCUGCAAAGCGGCUGUAGAGGCUCCUUGGUACGUUCCAUGUGGUGGUGUCUGCUAUGGAGAUGGGAACCUAGUCUUCAUUGCAAAUGAUUGGCACACUGCACUCUUACCUGUUUAUUUGAAGGCAUACUAUCGCGACAAUGGGUUUAUGAUCUAUGCUCGAUCUGUUCUGGUGAUACACAACAUAGCACACCAAGGCCGUGGACCCAUAGAUGACUUCCUUCAUGUGGGUUUACCACAUCACUACAUGGAUCUUUUUAAACUCUAUGACCCAUUCGGAGGUGAUCAUUUCAAUAUCUUCGCAGCUGGUUUAAAGGCUGCCGAUCGGGUAGUCACUGUUAGCCAUGGUUAUGCAUGGGAGCUGAAAACACCAGAAGGUGGCUGGGGCCUGAACAAUAUCAUUACUGAGAAUGACUGGAAACUCCAGGGUAUCGUGAAUGGUGUUGAUACGGAUGAUUGGAAUCCUAAAUUUGACAUCCACUUAAAAUCUGAUGGUUACACCAACUACUCUAUAGAGACUUUUCAACAGGGAAAGGCUCAGUGCAAGGCUGCCUUGCAGCGAGAGCUUGGCCUCCCGGUUCAUGAUAAUACUCCUAUAAUAGCUUUCAUCGGGAGGUUGGAUCAUCAGAAGGGUGUGGAUCUCAUAGCAGAGGCCAUUCCCUGGAUUGCUAGUCAAAAUGUACAGUUAAUCAUGUUGGGAUCGGGAAGGCCAGACCUUGAAGAUAUGCUUAGGGGUCUCGAGAGCCAGUACCAUGAUUGGGUCAGGGGAUGGGUUGGGUUUUCUGUGAAGAUGGCUCACCGGAUAACUGCUGGUGCUGAUAUCCUUUUAAUGCCCUCGAGAUUUGAGCCUUGUGGACUGAACCAGCUUUACGCCAUGAUGUACGGGACUAUUCCUGUUGUUCAUGGGGUUGGCGGUCUUAGAGAUACUGUUCAUCAGUUCAAUCCUUAUGAGGAGACAGGGCUAGGAUGGACAUUUGAGAGCGCAGAGGCGAAUAGGAUGAUAGAUGCACUCGGGAAUUGUUUGAAGACGUACAGAAACUAUAAGAAAAGUUGGGAGGGGCUCCAAAAGAGAGGAAUGAUGCAGGACCUCAGUUGGGAUAAUGCUGCUAAGCAUUAUGAGGAGGUGCUCGUUGCUGCCAAGUUCCAAUGGUGAUUGGUGAGAGCAUGUCCUUUUUCCACCACCAAGGCUUCUGUGGCUCACGGCAAGCUAUUCUGUAGCUAUCUCUGGUUGAUUUCAUGUUGCCACUUGCAGUGGUGGAGGCUGCAUAUUGAUUUUUUAUGUUCCUCCUAUCUCUUCUCUACCCAGUUUUUACUGAUUAUUAUCUCCCCCCAGCAGCAGUGUUAAUAAAUGAUGGUUGUUUGGAGGUCAGACAUUAUUCCUCAACUUUGUUACUGGAAAAAAAAUGUUUCCCCACUAAUAAGUUUGUCUCUGCCAAAUUUUCAGAUUGUAAAGCUUUUGCACAGCUUUAUGUGUGAAAUAUAGACCAUAGAGAUCAAGCUGGUUCUCAUGUAACUUCUUGUUAUUUUUUCAGGAGGUAUAAAAUUCAUUACUAAGUUGGUUCUCUCA